AUGUCUUACACGGCUGGAUCGUACCCAGCCAAAUCCCUGGUGGGGAAGUCGUACGCCGACCACUCGUACGCCGACAGCCCCUACACCGGCUACGACGAGGCGGCCAAGAUGGCGCACGAACAGUACCUGAAGAAGGAGAAGAGGAAAGAUAGGGACGCGAUGCACUGCGAGGUCGUGGCUCUGGUCAUCGGAUUCGUGGGUCUGAUCGGCGUGGCCGCAGUAACCGGCCUCCCCAUGUGGAAGGUGACGGCGUUCAUCCAGGAGAACAUCAUCGUGAUGGAGACGCGCUGGGAGGGUCUGUGGAUGAACUGCUACCGCCAAGCUAACAUCCGCAUGCAGUGUAAAGUCUACGACUCGCUGUUAUACCUGCCCGCCGAGCUCCAGGCCGCCCGGGGCCUCAUGUGCUCCGCCGUGGCGCUCACCACCAUCGGCUUCAUCGUCUCUGCUGUGGGCAUGAGGUGCACCCGGCUGGUGGACACGCGCCCGCGGAUCAAGCACAUCGUCCUGGUCUGCGGGGGCUGCCUGUUUUUGGGAGGCUGCUUUGCCACCAUCAUUCCCGUCUCCUGGACGGCUCACGUCAUCAUUCAGGACUUUUACAACCCGCUGCUGCUGGACGCUCAGCGCCGGGAGCUGGGCGAGGCGCUCUACAUCGGCUGGGUCACUUCCGCUCUGCUCUUCAUCGCCGGGGUCAUCCUGCUGUGCCGGCACGCACCUCGAACCCAGGACACGGAGGAGGUGGGGAGCUCGAUGUAUAACGGCCAGUACGUUCCUUAUGAUUACUACAAACAGCAGUACUCUUACCAACCCGCCUACAACUACCAACCAGCGUACGGCUACCCACCGUCCAUCACGUACGGACAGUCCAGGCUGUAA